CAUCGGGUGGUCAUGACUGGAUACGAGUUGCAUUGAAAGUUGGAUGGCGCAUAGUUUACCGGAAUGAAUUUUUCAGUCCAUACGUGUGGGAAAUGCACGCAGCUUUGCUGCAAUUUCAAAACUGCGUGCUGCUUGGACUUCAAAAGCUUGCACUGGAUGUUCAGAAUGUGCAUUGAUUUAUUGGAAAGAAAGGUCGAAAUCUGGAAUAUCCGAGGCACGAACGAACUGAGAGCGUCCAGCGCAUUAAUAGAAGUUUUCUCAUGAAAUGCGAUUGGCAGAAGACCCGUUAAGAUUUCCAUAUGCUGCUCCGGGUUUGGAGAUGAGUGAAGCACCACCCAGACCUGGAAAAUUGAGGAGAGCAGAGGGCAUCAGGGAUCCAAAUCAUUGCAGAAGUCAGCCGGCAGAGAAGCGCAGUCAGGCACCAGACGUAUUCCCGGCUCCAACUGUGGAGGAUACUCGUGUUAUUCAACAUGGAACCACGACUGGCACGGUGACGCUUGCCAGCAGUGGCGAGAAGGUGCUGCUCGAUGAGCCUACGGAUCCUGGAAAGUCACCAGGAGGCGAGCAAGGAGAGGACCUUAUGCCUACGGUUUACGGUUCCAGGAACUCGUCAGGAGAGUAUGACUACCUCGUCUCGGAAUCAUUAGCGAUAGGAAAUUAUCCAUGUGCAGAGAAAUCCCCUCUUGCGAUAGAACCAGCGACAGCCUCCGAGAGAGCAUCGGCAUCCGAACCAUGUACCUCAAAACCGCGUGCAAACAAUGGAGAUGUAGGACGCGCAGGUACGCACCAAAACGCCUCGUCUCUUCCUUCUCCAAAACCUUACCCCCACACGGGGAGGAGAGGUGCCUUGAGAUUUGCACACAGCAUCGGAAGUUCAUCGGCAAAGUCGUUCUUCUCCCGGAUCCACGAAAUUCUAGAAGGAAGCACCGGUCGGUCGUUAUCGAGCAAAGAGCUCACGACACCGUCCGAGGACCAUGAACCAAGCAGAGCGAAGCCUCCAAAUCAACACGAUCAUGAAGAGGAAUCUUCAAAGACUGCUGCUCACAUGGCAGAUGCAUCCACCUCCCCAGUACUGGAAGAGGAACUAAAAACGGGAGAUGGGAAGUUAACAGCCAGUGCCGAGUGCUCUUCCGCAAAGAUGUUGCUGUCCAGGAGCAAUUGUUUGUCCAGACAAUCCAGCUAUAGCCCAGCAUCUUCUUUUGAAGAUUUCGCUCCCGCCAAAGAUGGAUCGUCGAUCUCCGUCGAGGCAAAGUGUUGCGCCGAUGAGCACUCAAGCCGAAUUCGACAUCCUGUGGACAUUACUUUAGACAAAAGCUCCUCAGUCAAGCACCAUGAUCGAGAGUCACAUGCCCUCCCACUUUCGGAAAACACAUCCAGUCCGAGAAAGAAUCUGGGAAGCUCGUCACACACAGCUCUCUACUCGGAAUUGAGUGGGUUUCAAGAGGCAAUCGGCGGCAGCUCCGCCUCUGCCACAGACGCACCACCGCUGCACGUUGCUGUGCAGGAGGCAUUAGACUCGACUGACGGAGGCGAGCAGCAUCGGGACAUCGGGAAUACAUCGGCGAGACAUCUCCUCUGCCGAACAAAAGGUUUCAGACAGCCGGGCGAUGCCGGAUCCGUUCCACAUCCAGACAGCGCUCCGAUCACAGAAACAUCUCCGGGAGCGGAUUGGACGGGAAAUGGACGAUUGAAGGGUCGAGCUCAAGCAGAGCUCAAGGAAGCUGGAGAAGUCGAGAACCCGCCACUCGUCGAGUACUCGACGGACUCUUCAACCUCGUCCAUCGAAAUCAAAUACGAAUCGCCCCGUCCGUCGGGAUUGCCGGCAGCAAGAGCCGCCUCGGCUCACGAGAAUCCAACCGUAAUCUCCACGGAGCCAUCUCGCGAGGGCGAGAUCAGUGUGCCAACGGCAUGCGAGUGUUCAUCGGUGCAAGACCAUUUCCGAUGCUCGGACCCUCCCUCCCCUUCCCCGUCCUCGUUCCGGCGGUCGGACCAGGAAAGAUUCCUCGAUCCCUCGUCCCGGCGUCCGAACACGCAAGACGGAGGCGGCAGCACGUCCGCGAAGUCGUUCUUCUCUAGGACCAAAGGUUUCCGGCAGCCGAGCGGCCAUGGUCGAUCACUCUCCGCUACCCAUAUCGCUGAAGUCCCUGAAGCUGCGGUUGCCUCGUGGGAACAGAAAUCUACGCUGGGGACAGGAACCAUGCCACAGUCGCCUUGAUUUCAUCGUCAUAUCUGCACCGUGGUCGACCGUGGUCUUCGCCUUGUGGAGUUCUACCUCUUGAAUCCCGUGUACAUUGAAUCCAGCUCCCAAACGAUGACACUAUAGUCGUUUUCCCAACAUGAUAGUAUUUUCACGAAUUGAUGCAGCAUUGUCAACUGAGAAUGCAUUUGGAUAGGAGAUUAGUAAUCACCUUGGGAGGUUUUUUGACUGUCCAAAGAUUAUUUGUUUGCGCUCUGAAGGGAUUUGAACUUCUUCGUUCUUUUUUCGUCAGAGGUAAAUUUUACAAUCACAGGCCCAGGUUAUAAAAGUUACUCAUGGCAGAUGCGGGAGUAUUUUUCUCAAGAUGGAGUGGUUGUGAACCUUGGGACGAGCUCCACAUCCGUUAUGACAAAUUACAAUUGCGACCAG